CAAAGUCAAACAGCGCACCAACUGUCAAAGUUCAUAUAUUUGUUUUUGACUUUAGAAACUAUUGGUUCAAAAACUGCUCUCGAAGAAAUAAUUUUGAAUAUAAAUAUCGUUAUAGUUUACGAGAAUGGUAAAAAACCAUAUUCAUAUUUCUCACUAUUGUAUAUAAAUUUAUUAAAAAGGAUGGUCAUAGUCUUUAAUUUAGUCAAUGAAUCCUAGAAAACACAGGCAACAAUGUCAGGAAAUGCCCCUCCUGUAGCACAACCAAACCCAGAAAAUCAUGUUGGAGCUUUAAUUAAUACUAAUAGAAUAAGAAAUAACAACAAUCAAAAUCCUUUAUUUAAUGUAAGAGACCGACUAUUUCAUACCCUCUUUUAUAGAGCUGCUCUAGCAUAUGCAAGGACCUUUCCUAGACCCUUACGACGGUUUUUAGAAUUUCUCACCUUAGUGAAGGCAAUAGCAGCAUUCUUUGUGUUAGUGUACAUACACAUUACGUUUUCUAGAACACCUUCGACAUGUUUGAUGCAUGUUAAAGACAACUGGCCACGGGACGGGAUUCUUAGGGUAGAAAUAGUGCGAAAUGUAGGUAAAGAUUACAAUAUUGAACAGAGCUACGCGAAAGAAGAAAAGCUUAAACAACAGGGUAAAGUUGAAGAUUUGGGCAAUGUGAUAGGUCUUUUGGCAAGAGACGGUUUUAUUAAUAUUGAACCAACAGCUGUUGAGGAUAAUCACAAGGAGACAGAACCAUUGGAAAGCAGUGUAGAAGUAGGUAAUAUCAACUACAAAAAAGUAGACGAAGAUGCGGGUGACAAGAUAGUAGAUAAUUCUCUUUUAAACGUGUCAAAAAUAUCACCAACACGAUGGGAUGACUACCAGCUUUUAACAGACAGGCCUCGUGUGACUACUGAAAAAUACGAAUUUGGAGACAUCUUACCGGUAGAUGAAAACAUAACGUCAAAAGUAGACAUCAGUAGCAACGUCGUCGAGGAUGACAAAUCAGGAGGUUAUCAAGAACAUGAAUACAUCGUAGAGUUUUCUUUAGAAUACGGAUUUUUGAGGCUUAGUCCAGCUACGCGAGCAAGGUUAAAAAUACCCGUAGAAAUUGUCACUUUAGACCCUGCCAAAGACCAAUGUUUCGGAGACGCUUUUAGUAGACUUCUGUUGGAUGAGUUCCUCGGAUAUGACGAUUUGUUGCUGGCUUCCAUAAAAACUUUAGCGGAAAAUGAGGACAACAAAGGUUAUUUAAGAAAUGUUGUCUCUGGAGAGCACUAUCGAUUUGUUAGUAUGUGGAUGGCUCGGACUUCGUAUUUUGCUGCUUUCUUCAUCAUGAUUGUAUUCACAGUCUCAGUAUCCAUGUUGCUGCGAUAUUCACAUCACCAGAUCUUCGUGUUUAUUGUCGAUCUUCUACAAAUGUUGGAGUUUAACGUUACAGUGACUUUUCCAGCCGCUCCUUUGUUAACGGUUAUCUUGGCUCUUGUCGGUAUGGAGGCUAUUAUGUCGGAGUUCUUUAAUGACACCACAACAGCUUUCUACAUCAUACUUAUCGUCUGGAUGGCAGAUCAGUAUGAUGCGAUAUGUUGUCACACAUCUAUCACCAAACGACAUUGGCUAAGAUUCUUCUACCUCUACCAUUUCUCGUUUUACGCCUAUCACUAUAGGUUUAACGGGCAAUACAGUAGUUUGGCCCUCGUCACUUCUUGGCUGUUUAUUCAGCAUUCAAUGGUGUACUUUUUCCAUCACUAUGAACUACCGGUAAUUCUGCAACAAGCCCAUUUCCAGCAAUUUUUGAUGCGGAAUUCACCGCCACAGCUACGAACUCUGACAGUAGCUACGCCACAAAUGCCCCUAAGAAUAACCGAUUUUAUUCCAGCAAUACGGUCCAGUGCGACAACUCAAACAUCAACUACAACCCUCCCAACGGCUUCAUCGACGGCAACGAAUACAGUUCCCACUACCACUAUUUCCGUGGGUACUAUCGCACAGCCUUUGAGUUCGACUCAGUCUAGUCAAACCAUUUCCACCGCUGUUGAAACGACUGAAUCUCAGACCUUAGAGGGUAUCACUACACAACCGGCGAGUAUUCAAACGCAAGAUUAUGAAAGUAUACCGCCUAACGGUGGUUCUGAUAGUCCUUAGUGAUAAAAUCUAUAAAAAAUUAUAAGUCAAAGAAAAAUCCCUCAGAACGACAUCGACUGAGUCAUAGUUGUCAAAAAGGAGAAUGUAAACUAUAUUAUUGGUUUAAAUAUUAAUUUAAAUUUGCAAGUUCCUACAUAGUACGUGUAUACGCGUAUUCAGAUAUAAUAUUAUUUAAUAAUUUUAAUUUGAUAUCAACUACACUAAUCACAAAAAGUACCGCGUUAUUUUUGAAACAGAAAAAAGUUCUGCUAAAAAUUAAAAAUUGUUUUUAAACUUUUUUCGGUUUCAAAAAUUAUGCGAUACUUUUUGUGAUUCAUGUAUUUUUGUUUGUUUUUCUUAAUCUGCUACUUCUUAACUUUUUUCAGAACUUACUUAUUUGUAUUUUCUUAGACUUUUAAAGUGCCAUUAUUGACUAAUUAUAAUUUGCACUAUCACCUAAUAGCUAUUAAAUAUGUGUAAAUAGAUGAUCGUCGUUAUUUUUUCGCUUUAUAAGUAACCUCAUCAUUAUAUUUACGUUUAGUGUUUUUUCCAGAAGAUUGCCGAAUUAGUAGUACGGAUUUUCUUGGCCUUCUUUAUUUUAGCAAGUAUACUUCCUCAUUUAAAAAUAUCAUUUAAAUAAUCCAAAAAGAUUCCAAAAUUUUUAUGAGGCGAGCGACGAAUUCCUGAAAAUAUGACCAUGACCCCUAGGUCAUGGUUGGUAACCGGGAAAAUUUGAUACCAAAUAUAUCUGUAUACCUCAGAAAUGUGUAUUACGAUAUAUAAAAAGAAAGAAACAAAAAGAUUAUAAGUAAAUUCUAUAUAAAGCAAGUGAAAUAAAACAGAGAAUAUCAUAUAAUAUAUACAGUGGAAAAUCGAUAAGUCGGCCCCCGAUAACCCGGAAGUCCGGCUAACCCGGACCGAUUUUCAUCAGACAAACGUUUCAACAAUAAAAAUGUAUGUAAUAUAAUAUUUGAAAGAUAAUGUGUAUUUGUGUAAUUUGAACUAUACGAUAGUAAAAAUGACUCAUGGCACACGGCGGCAGAGCGACGUUCAAUAUCUCGGAUUAUCGGAAACAACAGGCACCUGUAUUCCUUUAUUUAUUUCAAACUGUCUUAGCAUUGUUCAAAAAAGACUAAAAGACUAUUUAAAAAAUUAUUUUUUAAACAAUGGUCUUAGUCUCCACUGUUCUUAAAUAACUUAUCAUUGUUUCGAUUGUUACCGUAUUGUGUGUAGUACAGUCCUAUUUUUCGCUUCCGUUCUGUAAUCGUGCUUCUGAUAGUUUUGUGUUUGCGUGUUUUUUGUCUAUGCAUGAGUGUUUUUACCAAGAAAUGAAUAAUACUCUCUACAACUUUACGUAAUUUAGAUGUGUACUCUCGAUAUAUAUUUCAUGUUAUUUCAAUUAUAACGGUGUUUAUCUGUAGGUAUACCGUAUUUUAUUAAUUUUUGCCAGAUUCUACGGCUAACCCGGAUUUUCCAUAACCCGGAUCGGCCGCGGUCCCGAUUAAUCCGAGUUAUCGAGGUUCCACUGUACAUUUAAAUCUAAAUCAUUUAAGCCGACAAAAUAAUAUGCGACGUGACCAAAGAUACAAAAUCAAAUAUUUGUUUAUAGUCGAGCAUAACUUUACAAAAGGUCAACAAGCAUUGGUUUAUCUGUUAUGUUGUCUAGAAGCGACCAUAAUACAAAACAGUGAAAAGUUUAAAAAGAAAAUAGCUUAGAAAGGAAACAAUAUAUUGACCAUUGCAGGUCGUGAAUUAAUUAACCAUCAGGUAUACAAGAACUGAGAGGAUUAAUAUACAGUUACGAUCAUUGAAUAGUUUACAGGCUUACGUAUCUAGGAGCCGAUUUUUUUAAAUUACACCUCGUUUAAACAUACUUUUACGUCAAAGUGACGUUACCAGUGGUGUACCUAGAAUAGGUUGAUUAAAAUUAAAAAAUCAAAAUAAUAUAAAUAUAUUUUACAAAAUUUAACAAAAAUUCCAAGGGUAAUUAGUUGCCGAGUCACUAAGCUAAAUAAAAAAAAAAGAACAAAAUUGGAAGUAUACAAAGAAGUUUUUUUGGAGGAGUUUGAUAUAGUUUUAUUUUAUACCUUAAAAUGAAUUAGUGACAAAGAAAUUUAAGAAUUCGAGUAAUAUGGUUGAGUAACAUAAGAAAUGAUGACAAAUUAAUAUUAUACACGUUAAAAUGGUAAACAAUAUCCACAGAUACAAUAAUACAAUUAAUUGGUGGUAAAAUAGAUCAAAUUUGGUAAUAAAGGCAUUCAAAAUGCAAUCAGACACAAAAGAUAUAAAUUAUAUUGGACUUACUAUAAAUAUUAAUAAAGGCAAUUCAAAUGUAAAAUUGGUAAUAAAAUACACAAUUUAAUAAUGAAAUUAGUAUCCACAUACAAAUAAUUGACACAAUAAUUUAUUAAUCAACACAAAUUAAAGAGAAUUAUUAAUACAAUAUACAAAUAUACGAUAAAAUGAAUGUUUAAACAAACCUAAAAUGUUCUCACUGGUUAAAAGGUUCAACACGCGAUACAAGACUAAAUAUUUCAUCACAAAUGAUAUAUGAAUCCUUAACAAAAAUAUUAUAGAAGUGAACUUACUUGAUAUAUGUAUAACAGCAACAAUGUAAUUUGGCAACAAAUAAUGUGUUUAAUGCAAACUUUGACUCUAUGUGGGAUGAGGGUAGUUGGUGCUACCGCGUAGCGAAGACACUACUGUCUUUUUCAGCAGACCAGGAAUCAGUAAAGAGUUGAGAAAUUGUGGGUAGAAGUCAUCCUCGUAUGACUUCAUACCGGAAACAGAAGUGGGGGCUGGUGUUAUCUCCAAUGUUGCUUUUCUUUAGCAAUUGUCAUGGGUUCUUCCAAUUUGAUUCUACUUCUGACGUCUAGUCGGUGCUAGAUAGGGUGAUAAGUACGCCGUAGAAAUUAUUUCCAUUUAAUAUUUAAUCAAUAUUUAUAUAAAGUUGCGAGCAACUGAAUGUGAGUUUGUGGCUCGCCUAUAUUGUGAGCAGUUUAAUUCGUGCCUGUUAAAUCUUCUAAAAAAAGCGAUUAUAUUAACAAAUCAUGAAAUCUCAACUGAAUGAUUUGUAGACUUCUGUUAUACGACGAUUCUCUUGUGCCAUAGAUUAUCGAACAAAGUGUUCUAUUUCAGUAGUAGUUAAAGGCUUACUAACUUUCUAUACAGUAAGCGCCCACGCUAGUAGACACACGGGUACCUAAUUGCUAGGCUUGGACUAAUCUGGCCCGUUCUCAUCUGUUACUUUUAUGUCUGUCAUGCCAUGUGACUGUCAAAAUAAUUGUUUUUCCAUACAAAAAUACAUUAAUUAAGAGUGUUGUUACUCUGCUUUAAAAAAACUUUGUUCAAACACCAACAAUAUUACAAUACUUUAUAAUUUUUAAAAUUUAACACAAUGAUAAUUAUAAACUUUAAAUACAAUUGUUCUAUAAACUGUCAACUUUCUAGUUCAUUUUGGUUUCUCUACAUUUUCUGACAUUCUAGACGUCACUAGACAUACAAGUAAACAGUUCAUCAAGUGAAGGGUCCAGGACUCAAUGUACCAGGCUCAAUGUACCCGUGUCUCGAGUAGCGUAGCGGUUACUGUAUGUAUAUUAGAUAUUACCUGUUUACAAAAUUUGUUUUUUUUUUUUAACAUAAAGCGUUAAAACUUUAUACCGACUAUUUGAACUUUUAUUUUUUAACAUUAGCGCCAGUUUUGUCAGAUUUUUCCUCUUAUGCAGGUCUAAUUGACAUGUGAUUUUAUGUGGUUACCGAAAAUCUUAUUUUAGCUUCUUGUUAUAUAACUAUGUAUAUAUUUACCCAAAUUAUAAUGUAGGAUAAAUGCGUUUCUCUAUUUAGUCCUAUUUCUCGUUACACUAUUUUUUUAACCAACUAUGUUUGAAAAAUUUACAAUUCAAACAACUACGCUUGCAGUACAUAGUGUACUGAUGAAUGUAAUUGAACUGAUGUUCCAAAUGAUUAAACUUAAGUAAUUGAAAGGGAGGAAAAAACACAAUGAUUUUUUAAACUAACCUGCGAUUACCAUAUUAUCAUCACAAAAAUUAAAACUGGUACAAAACAUUCCAAAUUCAGUACGAACAAUAUUAAAACUUUUUUAAACCAAGCAAUAUAGUGAUACUUUUUAAAUCAAGCAAAAUAAUGAUAUACUUUGUAAAUACUGAUAUACCUGAUAUAUAAAUACUGAUCGGCAGGGAAAGAUCUCCUUCUAUCUUUAUAAAUAAGAUAGAGAGAAAGCACGGCCGCGGCUCAGAAAAACAUCCUGAUUAGAAGAAAUACUGAUAUUUAUAUUUCAUACUUUUUAGUCGCAUCUUGUUUAUAAUUUAGGUCUGAUUUCUCCUAUCUUUCUGUCACUCGUUCUUUAUCCGUUUAUCUAAUCGUUCCUUUAAAUACUAGGUAUAUAAGAACUGUGUAGAUGCAAAAUUCACAUUCUCCAAAUUUUCAUAUUUUCAGUUAUGUAUAUCAAUGAAUUCACCUUUUCAAGGCGAAUCGAACCGUGAUAACAUUUUGAACCAAAACUCACAUUUUAAUAUCGAAAAACCAUACUGAAAAUGAAGUUCUGAUACAUAAGUCACAUUAUCCACACAUGAUUUACAGCAAAAUUAAUAUUCUCCAAUUUCUACCAAUCAGAGUGCGUAGAGCGCAUCACGUUAUUGUCACCACUCUGGUGAUGUUUUGUCAACGCUUUUUUGAACCUCACGUCACUUGUUGCAUUUACAUGUGCUUGUUAAGGUUGAUUAACGCUUUUAUGAUUGUGAUUUAAAUAAUACGACUUUUAUUACUAAUUAAUAAACUAAAUUAUUGGUGCAUAAUGGAUGAACUAGUAGAGACCUCGACUAGUCAAACAAGGAAAAAGAAAAUAAUCCCGAGAAGUGGAAACGAAACAAAUCUGAAUUAGCAAGGUUAGUUGUUAGUAGUCUACAGUCUAAAGCAAAGUUCAAAUAUUUUGCAUCAUAACUAACAUUAUCCAUGAGUCAUUAUCCACAUUGUCUGAAUUUUAAAUUAAAUUUACAAAACAAUCUUCAUUAAAUACACCCAUAAAGUUUAGGCAAACAGUUUCUAUUACAGCAAAGUUGUUACACAACAAAAAUUGAAGGAUUAUACCAUGGCCUUCAAUAGUAAACAGUUUUUGUCAUUUUUCCGAAAGUUGAGAAACGUGGAGAAUGUGAAUUUUGCAUCUACCAUCUUUAAGACAAAAUUUGCAUCAUUAUCACUGGCUCGACAAACCUGUUUGGGUCUUUAUUCUUCUUCAUUUUGAUCUGGUUCGUUCUUUUUUCCCUAAUUAUUUAUAUCAUUUUCUAUUUGUUCGAUGUAUCACAGCUUUAGUUUUCUUGUUGUUUUUUCCUACUGGCACUAUCUCGUCUAAUUUAACGCAGUCAGCCUGUUUUAAUGAAUGUUACGACAUCCGGAUCGUCGUAAUGUUCAAAGUCUUCUUCGUACAAAUUCAAUUUUCUUUUGUGGUGUGUAUCAUAUGUUUUUUCUCUCAAAUCUAGUUAAUAAUCUUUCCUCAUUUUUGGAGAUUGUCUAAGAUUCUAAACCAUAGGUGGGUACC